AAUAUUUCCCAACCCUUCCCUUCCUCUCUCUCUCUAUAUAUAUUACAUUAUAGAUUAAUAUAGCAUAUCGGAGGGAAGGAGUCAAAGCCCAGACCCAAGAAGUCUGGGAAAAAGAAAAGAAGAAAAAGCUAAUAUUAAUCAUCCAGAAUUAGAGAUCUGUUCGCUCCCAGCAAAAGACUUUUUGUAUAGCAUUUAGCAAAAAACUGUAAAAUGAACCAACCAACAAACACGAGAGAUCCAUCAACCAUCAGUCAAUCCAAAAAUAAAUACCGAUUAUAUAAUUACUUUCAGCCUCAUACAAGCAUACCCCGUACGCAGCAAGAGGAACAAGAGGAUGAAGAUAGAUCCGCAUUUAUCAUUCCAAAUAAGAUGGCUGAUGGAAGCGCCAGGUAUACUGUUGAUGAAGCUCUUUUGGCAAUGGAUUUUGGAAAGUUCCAAUACCUUGUGCUUCUUUAUGCUGGCAUGGGUUGGAUUUCAGAGGCAAUGGAAAUGAUGCUGCUCUCAUUUGUAGGACCAGCAGUCCAGCAUAAGUGGGGACUUUCUUCUCACCAGGAAAGCUUAAUAACCAGCGUGGUUUUUAUUGGUAUGCUGGUCGGAGCAUAUUCAUGGGGCAUGGUUUCAGAUAAAUAUGGAAGAAGGAAGGGGUUUCUGGUAACAGCAAUAAUUACUUCUGGAUCUGGAUUCCUGAGUUCCUUUGCCCCAAACUAUAUUGCAUUGAUUCUUUCUCGAUGUUUGGUUGGCGUUGGUUUGGGAGGUGGUCCUGUACUCUUAGCCUGGUUUUUAGAGUUUAUACCUGCACCAAAGAGAGGAACUUGGAUGGUUAUUUUCCAAGCAUUCUGGACCAUUGGAACGAUUUUGGAGGCUGCUCUGGCUUGGAUUAUUAUGCCAAAAUUGGGAUGGAGGUGGUUACUUGCUUUGUCUGCAUUACCGUCAUUGCUUCUCCUUAUAUUUUAUACUGCGACACCAGAGUCACCAAGGUAUUUAUGCUUGAAAGGUAGAAAAAACGAUGCCCUUAAGAUUUUAGAGAAAAUAGGCAAACUUAAUGGAAAAGGAUUGCCCCCUGGUGUUCUUGUUACUGACCAUGAAAUUGAGCUACAAGAGAGGAGCCUUCCACCAGAUGGACAAAGAGAUGAUUAUGAUGUUAUUAUCCCUCCUCCUCCAAGGUGGAGGGACUCUGACAUGGGGGCCUUCAGAUCACUGUUAAUGCUUCUGUCACCAAAAUUAAUUAGGUCAACCUUGCUCUUAUGGGUUGUAUUUUUUGGGAAUGCAUUUUCAUACUAUGGCCUCGUGUUGUUGACCACUCAGUUGAACAAUGGGAAUAAUAAAUGCCAUCCAAAUGAAAUGCAGUCACAGAAGUCUGGGAGCAUUAACUACAAAGAUGUUUUCAUCACUAGUUUUGCAGAGCUUCCGGGGCUCAUCUUGUCAGCUCUCACAGUUGAUAGAUUUGGCCGUAAACUUUCAAUGGCAGUUAUGUUCUUCAUCUGUUGCAUAUUCCUGCUACCACUGGUGGUCCACCAGUCUAGAACCCUGACAACAGUCCUCCUCUUUGGGGCUCGAAUAUGCAUCGCGGAAACCUUCACUGUUGUCUAUAUUUAUGCACCAGAGAUAUACCCAACUUCAGUGAGGACAACGGGUAUUGGAGUUGCAAGCUCAAUGGGAAGAAUUGGUGGAAUGCUCUGCCCUCUUGUGGCAGUAAGCUUGGUGCAAGGUUGCCAUCAAGCUGCAGCAAUUGUUCUUUUUGUGGGUGUAAUUUUUUUAUCAGGGAUCUGUGUCACCUUCUUUCCAUUUGAAACCAAGGGCCGUGAACUGACUGAUAGUGUAUCCAGUACAAAACUUGAAAAACAAGAGGCCAUGUCACAAGAAGAGCUAUAAAGCACAAAAUGAUAUAGUCAGUGCAUAGAAAAUGUGUUGGGUUGAAUUGACCAUGCUAAAAAUAUUUGUCCCUAUAUACAUGAAGACGCAAAAAAAUUUGUGAAUUUGUGUAUGCUAAUUUUAGAAAUCCGGAAUUUUCCAUGUAUAUUUUUUUUUUCUGGGAAGUAGUCAUUGAGAAUUAUUUGCUUCCCAGUCUUC